AUGCCGCAAUGCCCCGCAGUGGCCCAGUAUCUGUUCUGCAUGGACAGGCGUGCCUCGGCCAGUGUAGAGCGCCCUGACGUGCUUUUGACGGAAAAGACAGCCGCCAACGCCCGACUCUUGGACGGAGAGUCUCUCGGCACACCCGCAUAUUCCAUCACCUUCUUUGCAUUGUCCUACCGCCUCGGAGCUAUGAGAUGUAUCCCUUUGUCCAGGUCGCAAGGCCUGGCUCGCUCUCUUGGUUUCCUCAGCUUCCUCCUUGCUCUGCCGUCCCUCGGCCAGGCCGUCGACGUUGACUACGAGCUUCUGGACCGCUUGGACAAGGUCAAUGAUACCAAGAGCUACUAUGCGGAUCUUCAUCCAUGCCCCACGGCGUGCACCGGGCCCUCGUCAAACUGGACCAUCUACACUUCGUUUGAUCGCUUCAAACAGUGCGACGAGCCUGUCCUCCUCACAUUUGCCUUGUCGUACCCAGUCACUUCACCAGAUACUCCUACCAAAAUCCCCACCUGCACUCUAGAUAAUGCUAAUACCCAAGUCAACUCGCUUUUCAACGGCACUGGCGUCGAUGCCAGCCCUGCUAGCUCCAAGAGUGAACGCAACAAGGCCAAGGGGAGCCUCAGGCGUCAAGCUGGCGUGGAUAUGACCUGCGAGCAGACCACUUCCAGGGCACAAGCAAAAGAGUCCAAGCUCCCCUACGAGCUGGCUGUUGCCGGCAAGCAGCAUGAUCUGGAUGAGACGCGGCGAGACGCCCCAGCCACGGUCAUAGAAAAGCUCGUUGGAUUUUUCAAAGACCAGGCAUCAUGCAGCGAGACUAUAAUGUUUGCCUAUUACCGCGGGGUUGCCGCCGGCAUCCACCUCGGGGCAUCCUUCGGGCGGGGCGCGGACGCACUCUCGGCCGUGUCGAAGCCUCUCAUCGACAAGGCCAAGUCUGCCUCGGGUUCGACAGUGGCGCUGCAGCUGUGCGGAUACGGCCGCAACGUGGACCACGUGUCCGGUCUCGCCGUCGACACCGCCGGCGACAUAGAUGCCAUCCAGGCCGCGGUCGAGGGCUGGAGCGAGGCCAUGUGCCUGCGUUCCAGCGCCCGGGCGGAGCCUGCAGAGCUCACCGUGCGGGAGGACGGGGGAGGCUUCGUGCCCCUCGGUGUCUUUCUCGGAGGCUUGAACGCGACCUUUGCCAACUCUACCCGUGACAACACCAUCUCGGCCGCCCUGCCCGCCGCCCUCGGCCGCCGGGCAGACUGUAAGACUGAGACGGUUGUGACGGGCGAUAGCUGCUGGGCGCUGGCGUCCAAGUGCGGCGUCUCGCUCUCGGACUUUGUAGGGUUCAACGGCGGCGAGUCUUUCUGCAACACGCUGCAGCCGAAGCAGCGGGUCUGCUGCAGCUCCGGGUCUCUGCCGGACAUACGACCCAAGAAGGGUGCCGACGGGACUUGUGCUACAUACAUGGUCGUCAACGGCGACACGUGCGCUGGCAUCGCGUCGGCAAACGGGCUGAGAGUGAGCGACAUAGAGAAGCUCAACCGCGGCACGUGGUGCUGGUACGGCCGCAAGAAGCCGCCCCCCAACGUCAACAUAUGUCUCUCCGAGGGCGACCGCCCCCUUCCCUACCAGGCAUCCAAUGCCGUGUGUGGCCCAACAAUGCUCGGGACGAAGAAGCCAACAGACGGCACGGAACUCAAAGACCUCAAACCCUGCCCCUUGAACGCCUACUGUAACGUCCGGGGCCAGUGUGGCGUCAGCGCCGAGUUCUGUACCGAGGAGAAGAGCUCUUCCGGGAAUCCAGGCACCUCGGCCCUGCAGAACAGGUGUGUUUCCAGCUGCGGAAUGGAGAUUAAAAACAACAAAAACGCCCCAAACGGCUAUGGGCGGAUUGGCUACUACGAAGCCUGGAACUACGGCCGCCCUUGCCUUCACCAGCGCGUGCGCAAUGCCAACACGGAUGGCACCUAUACCAAGAUCCACUGGACGUUUGCAGAGAUCAACAUUGACGACCACACGGUGAAGAUUGUUGACCCUUACCACCAGUGGGAAAGCUUCAAGAAAGGCCUCGGCCGAGCCAAGAGGAUCAUCUCGUUUGGCGGCUGGGGUUACUCAAACAACCCCGGGACGUACAACAUACUCCGUGAGGCCAUGCAGAACCGGAACGUUUUUGCAACCAACGUCGCCAAGUUUCUCAACGACGAGGGGCUGGAUGGCACGGGGCCGACUACCCUCAAGUUCCUGACCGUCAUGAAGAGCAAGCUCUCGGGCAAGCAGACGCUUUCCAUUGCUGCGCCGGCCAGCUACUGGUAUCUCAAGGCAUUUCCGAUCGGCCGCAUGGCCGCCGUGCUGGACUACAUUGUGUACAUGACAUAUGACCUCCAUGGACAAUGGGACACUGGGAACCAGUGGGCAACAGAUGGUUGCCCGACCGGUAACUGCGUCAGGAGCCACGUCAACCUUAUAGAGAGGACGCGGGCCCUCGUCAUGAUCACAAAUGCCGGCGUCUCGACCACCAAGAUCUUCGUUGGAGAGUCGAGCUACGGGCGCAGCUUCAAGUUGGCACAACCAGGUUGCGACGGUCCCAUGUGCCCCUAUCUGGGUACCAAAAACGAGUCUCCGGCAGCUCCGGGGAGAUGCACCGACACUGCGGGCUACAUUUCAAACGCCGAAAUCGACGAGAUCAUGAUGGGAGCUUCGACCUCGGCGGGAGCUCAGCAGGUCCAGGUGUGGCACGACGGUGCGUCGAACUCGGACAUGGCCGUGUACAACGGCGACGAGUGGGUUGCAUACAUGACACCCACGACCAAAGGCACACGCCGCCAGCUGUGGAAGGAUAUGAUGUUUGCGGGGACCAUCGACUGGGCCACGGACCUCCAGGCGUUCAACGGGGAGGACGAGUAUCUCGAUCCCAGGAGCCCGACCGGGGGCCGGGUCGAGUGUCAGUACUGCGACGACAGGCACUGCCACGGCUGGCAGCCGCCAAGCUGCAACACGGUCAGGUUCCCCAGCUGCCCUCAGCCGAGCCCUCUGACCCACGACUGGACCCAGCUCGCCGACCGCCGCCCGCCCGACUACUCCAAGUGGUCGGACCCGACGGGCGCCGAGGCGAACGAGUCUGCCACAGGCAUCCCCCGCGACGCCGUCAAGUUUGGGGAGGCUAAAAAGCCGGGAGGCGCUUGGACUUGCGAUCACGACGAGAGCGAGGAGGAGUGCAAAAAGUCGGGCUGGGACCUCAACCAUUACCCCGUCCCGGAGGGGUACAAGAGGGAAGACGUCAUCAACCCCCAGGACCUCGUAAAGCAGGCCUACGACAAGCUCAAGGCCCUGGUCCAAGACCUCCCCGAAGCCGCCGAGCAGAUCAAGCUCGGCCUUUACCCGGGGGACCCGCAGGACCUCGUCGAGGCCGUCGCCCCCCCCUCGUCUUCACGCUGGAGACGGCCGUGA